CAUGACAGAGCUCCCUGUGGAAGCAGACGGAGAGCUACACAUCAGGGCUGUGUAUUAAUAUGUCAGUGGAGCGUACCAUGUCAUCAGCAGGGGUGGACCUUCUGAUCAACAGAUCUGAUGAGGUGUGUGUUGGUCACACAGAUGCUGACAGUGUACAGGUUACAGGUGUAUGGAAGAGAUGACCCGUCAUGUGACCUCUGCUGUAACACAACAUGACCAGGAUUUUGCUGAUGUUGCUGCUGUCAGUCAUCAGAGCCAGGCGUGUCUCGCCUCUCCCAUCAUGCCCUGCUUCCUGUGUGGUUUGUUCUGAAGAUGCACUCAUCUGCCACAGACUGGCUCACAUUAUUGGCGCUGCCGACACCACCAAGGCUCUGCUGCUGAUGGAGGGCUCCAUCUCCUCGGUACAGCCUGCCUCUCUGUCUGACCUCAGCAACGUCUCAGUCAUAGGUCUGAGUCAUAACCGUAUCUCAGUUCUGGGGGAGCAGUCCUUCAGGAACCUGCCUCUGCUACACACCUUACUGCUGGACCACAACCUGCUCACCAGCCAGGCCCUACAGGGGGGGGCUCUGACCAAUCUAACCCGACUAGAGGUCCUCGCCCUGGGCCACAACCUCAUCAGCAUGCUCCACGCUGGCUGGUUUAGAGGAAGCAGGGCCCUGAGGAGCCUGAAGCUGGAGGGAAACCUGCUCACCAGUUUGGACUCUGGAUCAUUUCCUCUGAAUGACCUCCAAGAUCUGGAGAGUCUGGAUGUGUCAGAUAACUUGAUACAUCAUCUGCAUCGAGAGAGCUUUGGUGGGUUGGGGAGCCUGCAGAAUCUGGAUCUGUCCAGAAACCGUCUGAGUUCCGCUCCUGCUGAGGCGUUUUCCUACCUCAGCUGGCUGACCAACCUCAACCUGGACCUGAACACCUGGAACUGCUCCUGUCAGCUGCUGGAGCUGGCUGCCUUCCUGUCCACCUUCAUACAACAACCUGACAAGACCCUCUAUAAUGGCCGUCGGAUGGUGUGUGUGAGCGCUGACAACCCGGCAGUGACCACAGUGCUGGAGCUGACUGAAGCCAACUGCGUGCCGUCCAAUCAGAACAUCACCGUGCAGGUGGAGGCGCGAGGCAGCGUCACACCUCGACUGUAUGCCCGAGACCUGGCCAUCACUGCAGUCCUCUGCUUCACUGGUGGAGUUGGCUUGACCCUGCUGGUAGUCCUGAUCUGCUAUCAAGUGUCUCAGAGGAAGAAAUUGAAAGAAAGUCAAAGACAGAAAGAAGAGCGAAGCAACUCAGUGGUGAAUCACCGUGAGAAUCACCUAGAUGUUAGUGAAAACAAGAGGGAACUCUUCCUGCAGGCACAAAGAGGACAGCCCUGGGACCGGAAGGCCAUGACGGUGGAUUCAAGGACAGAUGGCCAUGGUGGCCAGUUUAGGUCCAGAGCUGAUGAGAACGGACAUGUUUUGUGCCUGGACUGCAGCACCAAAGGUCCGAGAGGGAUGGGUCAGAACCCAUUGAGAGCCCGGUUGAACAGCAGGAUCAACACAGGGAUGGAGACAGAGGAGGAGGGACACAUUAGGAGAAUGAGGAUACUGACAGAGGAAGACAGGAGGAGGCUUGAGACUCAGCAGGGAAUAUUAAGCAAGGACAAGCUUCCCCCCCGUGGCAACACCAACCAUUCCUUUGUUCCAGAGAAACAAGCCUUUAGUCAGAGACCCGAGGCCCUGGCUGUUUAUAGGAUAAACAGAGAAAUGGCAGAAAGCUACAGGACUGACAUGGAGGGUAAGAGCAGAGGACCUGAGGCUGUCCCCUGCGAGAGCUGCCACCGGAGGCACAGAGCACCGGAGCAGAACCUGAGACAUGGAAGGACUCCCCCCAGCAUGAGAGACUCUGCUCCGUCUGACGGCUUACCUUCUCAGUACAGACAGAUCGACAGGGGUCGGAAUAAUCACCACCACCAGUUUGACAGGAUGAAGAACACAGAGUUGAGAAGAGAAGCAAGAAAUGUAACGUUUGACCUGCAGAGUUCCAGAGGCCGAGAGCAAGGAAGCGAACACAACAGGGAGGAAGAUGAGAGGGGAUCCAGAGACAAAGAGAGAAGAAGACACAAAUCAAGUCGCUCACUGAAGGUUAAACUAAACUUGAACCCGCUACGGAAAAGCAAAGUCCAUCCGAAGAGGAAGACUGAGCAGGGCCACUCAGAGAGAAGCAGCUCAAAGAAGAGUAAAGAUAAAGGGCAGGAUCGAAAAGAAAGAGGAGAGGAGAGGGAAGGGAAAGGAAGGUCCGGGAAGACAAAGGGUAGCAGUGAGAAAAUGAAGAAAUCCUCCAAGGCAAAAGGAUUGACAGAGGACGGAGAGGAAGAGGAAGCAAGAGAAGAAGGACAGAAAAGCACAGAGACAAAAGGUGGGGAGCAGAGAACAGAAGGAGACCGGGACGAGAACACACACUUGGAGAACACCCAACCUGGAGUCAGCCCCAGAGCUGCUGAACAAUCAGCCACUGGACCGGGACACAGCACACAGGGGGGCAGUGUUCAGGGAGCUGGACUGGUUCUGGGUGCUCAGCCUUCCUUCCAGCAACCCUUAUCCCUCUCUGCCCCUGACAGGGAUCGCACUACCAACCUCUCCCUGCUCGGUACAGCUGGCUCAAACCUGACUGGCAGCAGCCUCUCUCAGCAAGCUGGGAGUAUAUUACUCAACACCCCCGCCCCAGGACCUAAUCCACACUUCCCAGGUGGCCCAGGUCCUUCUAUUGCUACUAGCAUAGCCAUCAAUGGUGCCUCGGACAGCUUUAGCAGAGCAGUCAGGGUCGGCCUCAUGGCUCCUGCUGCCUCUCUUUUAGCUAACACUGUACCUGCUAACCCUUUGCUAGCAACACAUAUAUCCCCUCUUCAUCCCUCCCAGUCUGCAGGACUAGCCUCAAAUUUAGCAGCAAACCCACCCGGUAAUCCUGCACCUGUGCCCUCACAGAACAUGCUUCUCCCUGAAGAUUCUUCUCUUGUAGUAAGCCUGAAGUCUGAUCCAGGCCAAGGACCAGGCUCUCAGACUGGGGAAGGAGACCACCAGGGCCUCACAAAGGCUCCUCCAAUCAUGGAUGGUUUGUCCACAGACACUACCCCUGCACCAGUGACCACUGUGGAGAAUCUGUCAGACACUGAAGGUCAGACAGGAAGCGGACCCAGUGGCUCUACAGUCCAUAUAUCAGCUGGGGGAGGGGCUCCAGGCCUGUUGGGAGGCAGCGUGCAGGCAGCAGAUGUGUCAGGUGUUUCUGCAGCUCAGAGCGGAUCCUCCACAGCCGAGGCACUGCUGCAGCAGGAGUACCUCUCAGAGGAGGGGGGAGCCUCCCCCAGGAGGAAGCUGAGGCUGGUUCUUCCUGAGAAGACUACCAGCCGACCACCCACCGCACUGGAGAGAAAAAUACGCUAGCAGCUCAACCCGUGUUUAAUGGCUGAAUCGUAUAAAAAGCACUUCCUCAUUAAACAUGGUUUACACCGGAUGCAGAGACUAUGUUCUUCAUGGUAUGAACUGCUGCUGGAAAUUCUUUUUUUGUAAUUUUUUGGUGUUAAACUGAUUUUUGGUGUAGUUUAUUUUUAUAAUUACAUAUUUCAACACAAAGUAAAAAUGAUUUGUGUUAUUUUUUUGUUUAAAGUUGAUUGUUGGCCUUCGUGUGAGAAAACCAUACAUGAUGGUCAUAAGCAGAUGGUUGCUCAGUUGACUAAGAAUAAUGUGCACUUAAAGCACUUCUACAUUAACUAAAAUUGAAGUUUCAUUUGAGUAAAAAUCCUUGCUGUUAUUUUUACGCUCCAACGGUCAUUUUUUAUCUAGAAACAGACUUUGACAUACUUUCAAUCCUGCCACAUGAUCUUCAUCCCUAUGAGUUUUCUUAACAAAAUGUUAACUCUCAGAGCAACAUGAUAUAAGGUCUUGUAUUUUUCACUUAUAGACAGACCCCUGUCAUUAUUUCAGACAUUAUUAUGUGAUUACAUUGAUGUUAUUUUUACAUUGCUUGUGAUCUUUUCUAACCCAGCAAAACAACAGAAAGCUGGCAGGCCGGCUAACGGAGGUAGCGGUAGAUUAGCGUACAGCAGCUAUUGGUAAAGUAGCAGUUAGCGGUUAGCCUUUCGUUAGCAACUUGCUGAGAGUUGAGGCAGAGCAGCCGGAGGACAAAAGAGGAAAGCCAGAAAACAUUUCUUCCUAAAAUAUGAACCGGUUUCAACAAAACAAACUUGUAAAGCACUGCAAAGCUUUAGCGUUAUGCACUUCCCCUCAGAGACUGUACGACCCGCUCACUAACGUCACAGCGGGGAACAACCGGUAAUCAUGGCAGAGAGUGGGACCAAAAGAGGCAUCAUCCUCCUGGUUAUCAGUGUAGCAUCAAAGUGGUUUUGGAGAUGUUUAAGGUAAAAUGGUAACACAAGUUCCUCCAUUUGCUGACGAAGAUCAUGUGAUAUAGUUGAGAACUCUAGAACUACUCAAUAGAUCUGGACAUGAGGCUGAUCUGUCGACUGAGAGAGACAGAGAGAGAGAGAGCGAGAGAGAGAGAGAGACUACAGUGAAAUACUUCACUCUUUAUCUGUAAUCUUAUUUAAAUGUUCUUUGUGUAUGUUUCAUUUUAAAAUGAUGACUUUUCUCCAGCAGUUAGCCUUUAGUACCAGCAGUGUAUUCAGAUAGCCUACUUCACUUCAGUAAAAGUACCAUUACAUUAUUGUCAAAAUACUUCACUUCAAGUUAAAGUCCUGCAUUCAAAAUCUUACUUAAGUAAAAGUACACAAGUAUUAUCAUCGAAAUAAACUUAAAGUAUAAAAAGUAAAAGUUGACAUUCUGCAGAAAAAUUGCCUUUAAGUGGGCUUAUACUGUAAUUAUAUUUACAUCUGACAUUUGUAGAUAAUAUAGUUACAUCAAGUAGCAUUUUACUGUUGUAGACAAACAAAGAUCUGAUUGACUUUAUUUUUUUAAAUAAUGUGACUCUUUUGUGACUCAGGGUGCAUUCACACCUAAUAGUCCGUUUCUCUGGUGCGUACCAGACCACAGUUUGUUACAUUGUUUCAUUUUUCAGAAGGUUCGGUUUGCGUUCACACAGGCAAAACUCAAACGGACUAUAAACUUUAAACACAAAUCAUGUGCAGUCCCCUUGAAUCGAACCUUGGUGCGUUUAGCCGCUUGGUGCGGUUCAUUUGGGUCGGUGUGAACACAGUCUGAGACCU